GGGAACUCAAUCUGCCGGAACCUUUGGUAAAGCCGUUAGGGAGUGAAAUAAGAGUUGCACGUCACGUGUCGUGGUGGUGUUUGGCUUUUGUGCAGGCACCUGUUUUCGUUACGAGCGCCAUGUCUUGCGCUACUGACUAUGACGUGCAGUUCGCGUCGCGGUUCUCCGCGGAGGACGCGGAGUUCCAGCGCUACCGGCAGCGCGCGCCCGACCCGCCGCCCGUGCUCGAGGACUGGAGAGCGGCGCGCGGGCGCAGAGACAGACGAGUCCCGGAGCAGCGGCAGCACGAGCCCCGCGGACAUCACUUCCCGGACCGCCGCAAUGAACGGAACUCAGGCUCUUACGGCCAGAGGUCACGUUACUGACCCCCAGCGACAGAAUCUGAUCUAGCGUGUGAUGUUUGUUUGAUCAUUCCUUUUCUUGGUGAAAAUACGUUUGCUUUUGUGUAAAUAAAGCAGUUCAACUGA